GGCUGUUUCUUUUAUUUGGUUUUUCGUUGGGUUUUUUCUUUAUAUAUUGUUUCAAUAUCUUGUUUUUUUUCUUGAAAUCCUACAUUUUUUCUUUUUUCUCUAGUUUUGGUUCUUCAAAAGUCUAUUGCUCUAAUAACCUUUUUGCUUCUCCUUUCUGGUUCCGGUUCUGGUUCUGUCUCUGUUUCCCCUUAAUCAAGUCAAGAAGCAAAGUGAGUUUAUUCAGUAUUUCACCAAAUCAUGUCUGCCCCAAUCAUCGAUCUCACUACUCCUCUACCUUCUAUAUCUCCCCAGCAAAAUUAUAACGAUAAAAUAACUGUUCUUGAACUCAAAGAUGGAACUAAAUUAUGCGGUUACUCAUUCGGUGCCCCCAAAUCUGUCGCUGGCGAACUAGUCUUUUCCACCAACAUGGUUGGCUAUCCCGAAUCUCUCACUGAUCCAUCCUUCGAAGGCCAGAUUCUUGUGCUAACUUACCCUUUAAUCGGCAAUUAUGGUGUUCCCAACAGAUCUAUUCCUGAUAACUUGAUAAAAUCCCUACCAAAAUAUUUCGAAUCAAAUAGAAUUCACAUUGCUGGUUUGGUCGUUGCUCAUUAUACCGAAGAUUACUCUCACUACUUGGCCACUUCUUCUCUUGGUGACUGGUUAAAAGAACAGAACAUUCCUGCUAUAUACGGUAUUGAUACUAGGGCUCUCACAAAACACAUCAGAGACUGUGGUUCUAUGCUUGGUAGACUAAACUACCCUUUUCCAAACAAAUCUCUACCUUUUGUUCUAGAUGCUGCUUGGGAAUCCUUAUAUGAUAUUCCCGAAUGGAUUGACCCAAAUACUCAAAACUUGGUUGCAAAGGUCUCAAUCUCAUAUCCACAGCUUUAUGUUCCUCCUCCUUCGGUUCCCUUAAUCAAGAACCACAAAACUGGUAAAACAUUGAGAAUAUUAGCAGUUGACGUUGGCAUGAAAUACAACCAAAUUAGAUGCUUUGUUAAAAGAGGUGUUGAAAUAAAAGUUGUUCCAUACGAUUACAACUUUCUCAAUGAGGACUACGAUGGUUUAUUCGUCUCAAAUGGUCCAGGUGACCCUCAAAUGCUAGUAACAAAAUAUUUGUCUACUGCCAUCAAACAAGCUAAAACUCCAAUAUUCGGUAUUUGUCUUGGUCACCAAUUGAUCGCCAGAGCUUCUGGCGCUAAAACUGUUAAGUUGAAAUUUGGUAACAGAGGUCAAAAUAUUCCUUGUACUUCAACCAUCUCUGGUUCCUGCUACAUCACCUCUCAAAAUCACGGUUUUGCUGUUGACAAAUCAACUUUAUCUGAAGAUUGGGAUGAAUUGUUUGUAAACGCUAAUGAUGGUUCCAAUGAAGGUAUCUACCACAAAUCAUUACCAAUUUUUUCAGUUCAAUUUCAUCCAGAAUCAGCUCCUGGUCCAAAAGAUACUGAAUUUUUAUUCGAUGUCUUUAUAGAUUCCAUCUUGCAAGCUAUUGAUGGUAUCAAAAAGGCUGUUGAAUUCCCUGGCGGUAACUUGACUGAAAAUAAAUUAAAACAUCCUGUUGUCAGAACCAAAAAAUGUUUGGUUCUUGGUUCUGGUGGUCUUUCUAUUGGUCAGGCCGGUGAAUUCGAUUACUCUGGCUCUCAAGCUAUCAAAGCGUUAAAAGAAGAAGGCAUUUACACUGUUCUUAUAAAUCCAAACAUUGCUACCAUUCAAACUUCUAAGGGUCUAGCUGAUAAGGUUUAUUUUUUGCCUGUUACCCCAGAAUUCGUUAGAAAAGUUAUUAUCAAAGAAAAACCAGAUUCUAUCUACUGCACCUUUGGUGGCCAAACUGCACUUAAUGUUGGUAUCCAAUUAAAGGAUGAAUUUGAGUCUUUGGGAGUCAAGGUUCUUGGUACACCAAUCCAAACUAUUAUCACAACCGAAGAUAGAGAAUUAUUUGCUAGAUCAAUGGACUCCAUUGGUGAAAAAUGUGCUAAAUCAGAAACUGCAUCUUCCAUCGAAGAAGCCCUUAAUGCUGUUAAAAAAAUUGGGUUCCCAGUCAUUGUUAGAGCCGCUUAUGCUUUGGGUGGUUUAGGUUCAGGUUUUGCUGAUAACGAGCAACAAUUAACUGAAUUAUGUGAAAAAGCAUUUGCUACUUCUCCUCAAGUUUUGGUUGAGAGAUCAAUGAAAGGUUGGAAAGAAAUUGAAUAUGAAGUUGUCAGAGAUGCUUUCGAUAACUGUAUCACUGUUUGUAAUAUGGAAAAUUUCGAUCCAUUAGGUAUUCAUACUGGUGAUUCCAUUGUUGUUGCACCCUCUCAAACUUUGUCUGAUGAAGAUUAUAUGAUGCUUAGAUCCACUGCUGUCAAUGUUAUUAGACAUUUGGGUGUUGUUGGUGAAUGUAAUAUUCAAUAUGCUUUGAAUCCAACUUCAAAGGAAUACUGUAUUAUUGAGGUCAAUGCCCGUCUUUCUAGAUCAUCUGCUUUAGCUUCAAAAGCCACUGGUUAUCCUCUUGCUUAUACUGCUGCCAAACUAGGUCUUAAUAUUCCUUUGAACGAGAUUAGAAACUCAGUCACCCAAUCAACUUAUUCUUGUUUUGAACCAUCUCUUGACUAUAUUGUUGUCAAGAUUCCAAGAUGGGACUUAAAGAAAUUCACCCGAGUUUCAAGUUCUUUGAAUAGUUCCAUGAAAUCUGUUGGUGAAGUCAUGUCAAUUGGUCGUAACUUUGAAGAAGCGAUCCAAAAAGCUAUUCGUUCAACUGACUAUCAUAACAUCGGUUUUAACGAAACUCAAGCGUUGAUGUCCAUUGAUAUUGAUACUGAAUUGCAAACACCAUCCGACCAAAGAUUAUUCGCUGUUGCUAACGCAUUAUCAAAUGGUUACACUGUCGAUAAAAUUUGGUCAUUGACAAAGAUUGACAAAUGGUUUUUAAAUAAAUUAAAUUACUUGAUUAAAUUCGGUGAGAAAAUCCUGUCAUAUAGAACUAAAGAAAACUUGCCAAAACAUAUAUUCAGGGAGGCUAAACAAUUAGGUUUUGAAGACAGACAAAUUGCAAAAUUCUUAAACUCUAACGAAAUCUUUAUUAGAAACUUGAGAAAAGAAAUGGGAAUUAUUCCAUUUGCCAAACAAAUUGAUACUGUUGCUGCUGAAUUUCCAUGUCACACUAAUUAUCUUUAUUUGACAUAUAAUGCCAAUUCAAGCGAUCUUGAAUUCAAUGAUAAUGGUAUUAUCGUAUUGGGUAGUGGUGUUUACAGAAUUGGUUCAUCAGUUGAAUUUGAUUGGUGUGCUGUCAGAGCUAUUAGAACUCUUAGAGAACAAGGAUUCAAGACAGUCAUGAUCAAUUAUAAUCCAGAAACUGUUUCUACUGAUUAUGACGAAGCUGACAGACUUUAUUUUGAAACCAUUAACUUAGAAAGAGUCCUUGAUAUCUAUGAAUUAGAAAAAUCAUCUGGUGUAAUCAUUUCUAUGGGUGGUCAAACCUCGAACAACAUUGCUUUAACAUUGCACAGACAAAGGAUCAACAUUUUAGGUACUAAUCCAGAAUCCAUUGAUUCAGCUGAAAACCGUUACAAAUUUAGUCGUAUGCUUGAUAACAUCCAUGUUGAUCAACCCGAAUGGAAAGAAUUGACCUCUAUCGAAGAAGCUUAUGCGUUUGCUGACAAGGUUAGUUAUCCAGUUUUAGUCAGACCUUCUUAUGUUCUUAGUGGUGCAGCCAUGAAUGUAUCACAUUCUCCUGAGCAACUCAGAACAUUCUUACAAGAAGCUGCUGCUGUUAAUCGUGAUUAUCCGGUUGUUAUCACCAAAUUCAUAGAGAACGCUAAAGAAAUUGAAAUGGACGCCGUUGCCAAUGAUGGUAAACUUAUAAUGCAUGUCGUUUCAGAGCAUGUUGAAAACGCUGGUGUUCAUUCCGGUGAUGCUACUUUGGUUUGUCCACCACAAGAUUUGUCCAAACACACAGUGGCCAAAAUUGUUGUUGCUACGGCCAAGAUUGCGGAAGCUCUAUGUAUCACUGGUCCUAUGAAUAUUCAGUUUAUCGCUAAAGAUGAUGAAAUCAAAGUUAUUGAGUGUAAUGUUAGAGCAUCCAGAUCUUUUCCAUUUGUUUCUAAAGUUGUGGGCACUGAUUUGAUUGAAAUGGCAACCAAAGCUAUUGUUGGAUUACCUGUCAAACCAUAUCCUAACGAAAAAUUGCCUGAUGAUUAUGUUGGUAUUAAAGUUCCCCAGUUUUCAUUUUCUAGAUUAUCGGGUGCUGACCCUAUUCUCGGUGUUGAAAUGGCCUCAACUGGUGAAGUUGCUUCUAUUGCCAAAAACCAAUAUGAAGCUUAUCUAAAAGCUUUUGUUGCAUCCGGAUUGCCCCUACCAAAGAAAAACAUUUUAUUAAGUAUUGGCUCAUAUAAAGAAAAAACCGAGUUGUUGCCAUUUAUUAAGAAUCUUGUCAAACAAGGUUACAAGUUAUUUGCUACUGCUGGUACUUAUAACUAUUACCAUGAACAUUUAGUUCCAAUCAAUUUUCUUGAAAUUGAAAAUGAAGUUUCCGAAUAUUCUUUGACAGAUCACUUGGCCAACAAUUUAAUUGACUUGUACAUAAAUUUACCGUCCUCUAACAGAUUCAGAAGACCUGCCAAUUAUAUUUCAAAGGGUUACAAAUCUAGAAGAAUGGCUAUUGAUUUUGCUGUUCCAUUGGUCACAAAUGUCAAGUGUGCCAAAUUAUUGAUUACUGCUCUAGGUAAAAACAUACCACUUGAAGCUACCGACACUGAUUGUUUGAGAACCACAGUUUCCAAAAAAGACACUAAAACCAUCAGUAAAACAGAUAUUUUGAAAUCACCAAGAUUAUCAAGAUUUUCAUUUUCAGCUCCAAGAAGACCAUCCGCUAUCAAGCCAUUUGAUUUAUUAGAUGACAGCGCUAUUAUCGAAAGUGAAAGUAAAGAUGUUAAGGAUCUAUUAUAUUUACCUAUGCCACACGAAUUAUCUGCUCCCGGUGCUAUUGAGUCAUUUAUUAGAGGUAAUAAUCCUUUCUUGAAGAAAUCAAUAUUAUCUGUUCAACAAUUCAAAAGAUCUGAUUUGCACAUUCUAUUUGCAGUAGCUCAAGAAAUGAAAUUAUGUGUCCAAAGAGUUGGCUGUUUGGAAUUAUUGAAGGGGAGAUUAUUGACCACUAUGUUUUACGAGCCAUCAACUAGAACAUGUACUUCUACAGAGGCAGCUAUGAUAAGAUUGGGCGGUAAAGUUGUUUCAGUUAAAUCGGAAUCUUCUUCUGUCAAAAAGGGUGAAACAUUACAAGAUACAAUUAGAACCUUAGCUUCAUAUUCUGAUGGUAUUGCCAUUCGUCAUCCAGAUGAAAACUCUGCUGCGAUUGCUGCAAAAUAUUCGCCAGUUCCUAUUAUUAAUUGUGGAAAUGGAUCUAGAGAACAUCCAACACAAGCAUUUUUAGAUUUAUUCACUAUUAGAGAAGAGUUAGGUACAGUGAAUGGGUUGACUAUCACAUUUGUUGGUGAUCUUAAAUAUGGUAGACCAGUUCAUUCUUUAUGUCAAUUAUUGAAAAACUAUCAAGUCCGAAUCCAAUUAGUUUCUCCAAAGGAAUUAUCAUUGCCUUCAGAAAUUAAGGACAGUUUAGAAAGAUCACAUUUGUUGAGUGGUGAAACUGAAGAGUUAACACCAGCAAUUGUUUCUGAGUCAGACGUGCUUUAUAUUACAAGAGUUCAAGAAGAAAGAUUUUCAGAUCGUGCAAUUUAUGAAAAAUUCAAAAAUGCAUAUGUGAUUGAUAACAAUAUCUUAUCAUAUGCUAAACAACACAUGUGUAUUAUGCAUCCAUUACCUAGAGUUAAUGAAAUCAAAGAAGAAGUUGAUUUUGAUCAAAGAGCAGCAUAUUUCAGACAAAUGAGAUAUGGAUUAUAUGUUAGAAUGGCUUUAUUGGCAUUAGUCAUUGGUAUUGAUUUCUGGUAAGCAAUGAAUUUUUCAAUACCUUAAAGAUUUCCUUGUUGGUAUAGGAUUUUUUUUCAAGUUUAAUUUGAUAAUAUUCCAAGAAUAAAGAAAAAACAACCAAAAAAAAGUCUGGAUAAUAUUUAUUGAGAAAGAGUUUUUAAUUUUCAACUUUAAUUUUUUUUAUGUUUUUGUUUUGAAAUUUUUUUAAGCUUUUAUUUAUAAUCAUAAGAUAAUUU